AUGGCAAUACUCGUCUCUAUCGUUUCCCGACCGUAUCACGCCGAUCGAUCCUCCCAAAUCAACAACAAUAACAAUGCCGGGGGGUUCCAAGCCCUGAAACCGGCUCUCGCAGUUUACCCACAAUUCCUGGAGAUGCUGGUGACGAGGUUAUCUUCCGCAGACCACGCGCUGUGUGCGAAUGCUCUCCAAUUGAUCAAUUCGCUUAUGCGAGACGCCAUCACAAAUGACAAUGAAACCGAGUGGCCCAAAUUCAUCAAGAGAAUACAAGAUCUUGGGGUCAUCAAGGCAGUGUAUGUGCUAAUGCAGAGCUCGGCCUUACAAGAUUUGGCGCAUCCCUUGCUUGAAUUCCAAGCAUUGACGAAAAUCUUGCUGAGGAGGUGGAGAGACGUACCGGUUGACCUAGUCAAGCCGGAACAUAGGCGGACCAUCAAAGCCGUUCAUCUCUCCAGCAAUCCUGAGAAACAACCCGAAUUUGAAGUAAGGAAUGGGGAAUCCAAAUCAAAGCAUAAUCCGCUGAAAUGGAGACGACUUGGGUUCACGAGCGAGAACCCGGAGCCAGAUUUCGCGGAUAUGGGCUUCCUGGGGAUGAUGGAUCUUUCCGAUUACGUCCGCAAAUACCAAGACGAAUUUCAGAAUAUCCUGCUGGAGCAAUCAGUGCUGCCGGAGCAGCAAAGGUGUCCAUUGGCUCGGGCUAGUCUGACGUUGACGGCAAUACUCUUUGAGCAUUUUGAAGUGGACAAGAUGGAUCUCGAGGAUUCCAAAAGCUACCUGGCAUUGGAGAGCCGGACCAACUUUGACAAAGUGUUCAAACCCCUAUUACUACACUGGAGUCGCCUACAUGUUGCUGGAUUACAUGCAUUCUUCAGAUUAUGGAAGGCAACGGGUGCCGAAGUCGACGAUUUCCCCAAGAUUGUCGAGUUGGUUCGAAUUUUAGUGGAGAGUGUGGUCGGUGGAGCUGAUCGCACCAAGGGUAUCGAAGAUAUCGAGAAAGAGAUGGCUGCCUUCGAGUACAGCAAACUUCGUGAGCUACAGAUGGAACUCUUGGAACUGACAUACGAAGACGUGUGGGGUCAGCAUCUUCGAGGAGUCAAGGAAGAGCUGCAGAGCGAAGCUUUGCAAUUCGUCAAGGAGCAAAGGAUUCGGUGCCUGCUCGCCGGAGCAUGGUUUCCAAACGGCACAUAUACGGACCAAGAAGGCGGAGGCCCUGUAACGGAGGACACUUUGGUGCAGAACACAACGCAUGGCUAUCGUUUCAUCAGACUCUCCGAGAACCGCAAGUAUUUGCAUUGGGGCGACUUCGACGAAAAGGAAGAGCAAUCCCCGUCCACAGCCAGUUUGAGGGACAAGAUCGAUCUAUCGAUUGUAUCAUCUGUGGUUUCCAAUGUAACGGCCAAUGACAGAUCAUCAAUUGGUUCGGAUUCGACGCUGAAGGAAUUGCUCCAUGACCGGUUCACCACCAACAAGAUCACGAUCCAUGGAUUCCUGCCCAAAUCCCGUGGCAGCCGAGAAGGGCAUUCGAGAACUUCCUCAAAGACGUCUUCGCCCCGACACGGGACCAAGGAAGCGGUCCUUCUUACCUUCCACCCGAACGGUCACAGCCUUGCCUCGGAAUGGCUCGACGGACUUUUGAUGCUUCUGGACCAGCAACCGAUUACCGCCGAAACCAACAGUCUCAUACAUAUGAUCAGUGACUACGGGCUCAAAGUCCGGCUCCUGAAUGUGCGAUUCAAUGACGAGGAGGGCAUCGUGGAGGGUAUGGAUGGAAUGGAUGGCCCUGAGAUUCCAAGCAGAGAAGGUCUGGACGAUGACUACUAUUAUGAGAUAUGA